UCGCAGAAGAAAUAUAUUACUCUUUCUCUGCAUAUUAUUCUCACAUCUUCUCGAUCUCCAUCUUUUGUUUCGUUCCCCCCAUCGAUCUCUUCGUAUAUGUACUUAUUUUGUGUAACGCCAAAUUAAGACUAUUUCACGUAAGCAAAAUAAGUAUAUAUAUAUCUAUCAUACGAACGGCCUCUUUCCGUUGUAAGAAAGAAGAAGAGAAGUCAUGGGUACUUUCCUUCACAAGCUUUGGGACGAAACGCUUGCCGGUCCGCCACCCGACACCGGCUUUGGCAAACUCCGCAAAUAUAAUUCAUUUUCAGCCGCCCGAUCACCUCCUAUAGUGGCUGAUCAUGAGGCACAAAUAAGUCGGAGCAUUACCAUUCUGAAGACAAAUUCCGCUAUUAGAAACCUCUCGGUUGAUCCCCGUUCGGCCGAGUCUCUAGCUGAGUCAACCAGUACCCCUCGGACACCACUCACACCGGAGACACCGGGCGUGGAUAUCAACAAGAAAUUGACGAGGAGAAAAUCGUUGGCUGGAUCAUUAGAACAACCUGAGACAAGAAGUCCCACAGCUUACGAUUGGAUCGUGAUCAGUGCUCUGGAUCGUUGAGAAAGGAUGUGAUCAUGAUUUGUUUCACGUCUCAGCAGUAAUUAAUAUAUAUAUAUAUAUAUCUUAUAUCAUCUACAUAUAUUAUAAAUAUAACGUCUUAGUGAUCUAGUAAUAAUAAUAAUAAAAUAUAACGUCUUACCUACCUUCAGGUGAUUGAGCUUUGGAGUGUUUUUUUGGUUUUUUUGGUUUUUUUUUUUUUUUUUUUUUUUUUUUUUUUUUUUUUUUUUUUUUUGUGUUCGUUGGUUUUGGUUCAUGUGUUCAAUCUUGGACUUGUAUUUUGUUUCUGUGUAAAUAUGGGUUAUGCAUUCUGAAUCCUCUUCGAAUGACACUCAAAUGGAACCUGGUGAAAAACUUUGUUGUAUGUGCACUGCCCCUUGUCUCCACUAAUUAAGUUCUUUUUCUGUAUGCA